UCAAUGUCAUUCACUUGCCGAAAAUGAAAAAAAAGUUAAUUUUAAAUGAAAAUUUCCUAAAUUAAUGAUUAGUUAAAAUGUAUUAAGUAGUUGUUUAAUAAACUUUUAGUAAUUUAUUUUAAAUAUGGAAUCUAUUUCUCAAAAAGGACCGGGUUUAUAUGAAUUUUUAGUUGAAGCUGAACUACAACAUUACUAUACAAGUAUUAAAUCUGAUUUGAAAAUUCAAAAUACGUCUCAGUUAAAAUAUGUUACCGACGAUGAUUAUUACCAAUUGGGAAUGUCGAAGCCUGAAGUUCGUCGCCUUAAAAAAUAUUUCAAUAAGUAUUACCCACAAAAUUAUUUAUCGAAAUUUAAGAAAAUGUUGCUGCCCAAAAAAGAUGAUCAGGGCGCAACAUGUUUAAUGCCUUCAUCAGUAUGCGAUCCAAGUGAAAAUUCACAGCAUGAUCGUGUUAAUGCUAGUGGAAAUGGUCCUAGAGUGCCAAAUAAACAUAUCAUUAGUGCAGAAAAUAUUGUGGUUAAUAAAGAAUUAGGUAUGGGUGAAUUUGGUGUUGUGCAACAGGGUGUUUGGACUAAUGAUGGCGAUCGUAUUCAAGUAGCCAUAAAAUGCUUGUCCAGAGAACGAAUGCAAAAUAAUCCAAUCGAAUUUUUAAAAGAAGCAGCAAUUAUGCAUUCAAUCGAUCACGAACAUGUGGUUAGAUUAUACGGAGUUGUUUUACACACGGAUAGUUUAAUGCUAGUAACUGAAUUAGCACCACUUCGAUCUCUGCUAGAAUGUUUAAAAGAACCUUCGCUACGUGCAAGUUUUCCUGUAUUAACUUUAUGUGAUUUUGCAUUACAAAUUUGUGAUGGUAUGCAAUAUCUAGAAGCAAAACGUUUAAUUCAUCGUGAUUUGGCUGCAAGAAAUAUUCUUGUAUUUUCAAAAAAUAAAGUUAAAAUAUCUGAUUUUGGACUGAGUCGAGCACUUGGUCAAGGCAAAGAUUAUUAUCAAACUAAUUUUAACGUACAUUUAAAAUUGCCAAUUGCAUGGUGUGCCCCCGAAUGUAUUAGCUAUUUACGGUUUACUUCGGCCAGCGAUGUAUGGGCUUAUGGUGUUACAUUAUGGGAAAUGUUUUCAUAUGGUUUUCAACCGUGGGCCGCAUUAACCGGUCAUCAAAUUUUAGAGGCAAUUGAUGAGCCAAAUUAUCAGCGUUUGGAUCAACCUGAAUGUUGUCCAAAAGAUUAUUUUACAAUAAUGUUACGAUGUUGGGCGCACGAACCAAAUAAACGUCCUUCAUUUGCUGAAUUAAUGUCCAUGUUACCUGAAUGUCGACCGGAACAAUUACAAGCGAUUAUGAAUACCCCUUUAGAAUUUACUAAUCAAUUACCACCCGAUACGAACUCUCCGCCAAAUCAACCAUUUUUUAAACGAGAAUAUCUUCAAUAUAAGAUUGGAGAUGUCAUUACAGUAUUAGAUAAAGGAUCUGGAUCUAACUUAUGGAAAGGAAUUUUAGCCAACGGAAAAAGUGGUCUGUUUAAUCCUGCACAUACGGUUGCCUAUAUUGGUACUAAUUUACCAACGUCAAAUAAACCAGAUAUAUUUUCUCGUUCUGAUAAUAAAUAUGGUUCAACACGUCGAAAAUUACGCACAGAAAUGAUUAGUUCGCCUCAAGGAGACCUAAAACAUACGGGUCAUGUUGGUUUAGAUGGUGCAUACUUCGGUGAUAUUAGUUUUCUUGGUGGGAGUAGUUCGGAUGAAAAACAUAGCACAAUACCUCAGUAUAAUCACUUACCUCGACAAAUUGUAACCCCGUAUAGACCUCAUGAAGAUUUAGAUCAGACACCAUUAUUAAGUUCAUCAGCAAAUUCGAAUACAUUUAUCACUCCAAAUACACCACCGCCAUCGUCACAUGUCACAUCAUCAACGACGACAGUAUCAUCACAUUCAAAUUUACAUGCUAGUGAUCAUAUUGUUGUGUCGUCUCGUCAAUUACAACAUUUAAGUGGGCCACCUGGUACCGAAACUAAUUUAUUAACAAAUAAUCAUUUACCAUCACGGAACCCAUGGAGUAAACAUGAAGUGAAUAAUGAUCCACAAGCUGAUCAUGAAUAUCAUGAAAUAAGUGAUGAGGAAAAUUUGGUUAAUGAAAGUCCACGAUUUGAGAAAUCAUUUGAUUUCGGGCCAUCAUUACUUGAUGAAAUGGAAUCAAUGUUUCGUAAUUUAAAUUCACCAGUAUUAUCAACCCCGAAUUCACCGUUAGAUCACGAUGGUGUUAAUAAAUGUAACGAAUUACGAGAAUUAACCUCACGUUUAGGAAAUACAAAUAUUAGUGGUAAUCAUAGUCAUCAUUCGUCAACUCGGAAUAAAAAACAAGCCACUGUUAAACCGAUCUCAGCACAUGACCAAAAAAUAUUAGAUUCAGCCAUUGAAUUAGCUACUGAAAUGACUGCAAGAUCAAUGAAUGAUUUAGAUGGAGAAACAUUAUCAGCUACACCUGUAUCACCUAAUAAACGAAAAUUUAGUUUUCGUUUUCCGCCAACAGGCGGAGGAAGUACAGAAGUGGAUGGGUCAAAAGCAGAACGAAGAAAUUUUUCUGAAGAAGCCCAAUCGAUACCUGAUUUACAGUCAACACUUACCGAAGAAGCACAACUAGCCUACGAGAGUCUAGUGGAAACACCAACACCCAUUCCAGAUACUGUAAUGACAUCACCACAUUUCAUGCGACACUCUACAAUGGAUAAUCCUUUAAGAAUGUUACGUUCGGGUAAUUUACCAUUAAUUAAACCUCGAAUUCGUACAGUCGCAACUUUACCACCUCCAGCAUCGACUAAAUUAAUAAAUAAUCGUGUGAAAAAAAUCGAAAAAUUAAAACAAAUUGAAACACAACAACAAGAUUGUAUUGACGGCCUUGAAAUCGAUGUUGAUGAUGAUGUUUUUGUUGAGAACAAGGAAGUUGUUUAUAAUCCGAAACAGCAACAGUGUUCUUCAAUAUCGGAUGAAUCAAAUUGUGGUGAUCAUUUUCGUGAUGAUAAUAUAAAAGAAAUGCCACCUAGCUACAGUGAAUUUCAACACCAAAGAGAUGAACAUAAUCCAAUACCGUUACCACCGCGAGAUCGUACUAAACCGAAACCAGCAGUGAAACCACGUCAUACACGUAAACACCCAUUGAUAAUACCGGCUUCAAGUAUCCAACGUACACUAAAUAAAGUGAACGUUGUUACACCAGAGGAUAGUAAACAAUUGGACUUUUCUGAGAAUCCCAUAAAAAUUAUACCGGAUGGUAAGAUUUCAGUUGAACAACCAUCAUAUAUAAAUCAUAAUCCAUUUAAAGUGGAAAAUGUCGAAGAUCGUGAAUUCGAUACACACUCCAUACAUUUUGAAACACAAAUUGAGUCUGCGUUAGAUGAUGAUAUUAUUUUAUCAACAUCACCAACUGAAAAUGAUUUUCAUCAUGUUGAUAAUACAUUUUCCAUUGAUACAAUUGAUGGUAGUAGUAAUUUUCAAACGAAUUUUGACAAACAAGAAACAAAAAUGUUUGCAAAUAAUAAAAUUAUUGAUUAUACAACAAAGAGUAGAGAUAAAAAAACAGAUAAAUUAAAUAAAUUAACAAAUAAUGUUAAUGAAAGUGGGGAUUCAUUAAGACAUCGAAAAGAUCAUGUGAGUUGUGAAGAUCUAUUAGAAUUUGCUGAUUCGAAACCGAGUUCAAGAGCACGUGGUAUAGAAUCGGAUGAAGUUCGAAUUAUGUCCAAAGUUCUUGGAACAGAGGUAUCAACGCAGCAAUGUUUAUUAGCAUUGGAACAUUCGAAUUGGGAUGUACAUAAAGCAAUAAAAUUAGCAAAAUUGCAAACAUUGUUAAGGAUAACGUUAUCUGCUAGCAAUCCAUUUGUGGAUUUAUCCACAUGUAACGGAGCUUUAGAAGCUAAUCAAUGGGAUUUAAGUCGAGCUGCUAGUUGGAUCGUCGCAGCAGCAAAUCAAGAAGGAGAUAUUACUCAAGUUUAAUUUUUAUUAUACGAUUAUUUUUAAAUUUUAAAUUGAAAGAAAAAGGUAAGAGAAUAUAAAAAAGUCAACGCAAUCUAUCAUGAUUUUUUAAGCAAUAAAAUUUUAUUCAUGAAAAAUUUGUGUAUUAACGGUGUUGUCUUGCUACAAUAUUGUUAAAAAGUUUUGUAUUAUAU